AGGCUCCAUCCGUUUCCCAUCUCUCCAGGAUGAGAGAGGUUUGGGUUCGGCUUUUCCCCUCUCCCUGUAGUUGAUAGUUUUGGAACCAGAGGUGAUGCUGGAGUCGAGAUGGCAGACAGCGUGAAAACCUUCCUUCAUGACCUCGUCAGGGGAAUUAAGGACUCCAUCUGGGGCAUCUGCACCAUCUCCAAGCUGGAUGCCCGGAUCCAGCAGAAAAGGGAAGAGCAGAGGCGGAGGAGAGCAAACAGCGCGCUGGCCCAGCGGAGGUUUCACAUGGAAGAGAAGAAGCAAGAGAACGAACCCCGGAUAGUGAGCCGGAUAUUUCAGUGUUGUGCCUGGAACGGAGGCGUAUUCUGGCUUAGUCUCUUCUUGUUUUACCGUGUAUUUAUACCUGUCCUUCAGUCGGUCACGGCACAGAUCAUCGGUGACCCUUCCUUGCACGGCGACGUCUGGUCCUGGCUGGAGUUCAUCCUCACCUCCAUUUUCAGCGCCCUCUGGGUCCUUCCCCUCUUUGUGCUCAGUAAGGUUGUCAAUGCCAUCUGGUUUCAGGACAUCGCGGAUCUGGCAUUCGAAGUGUCCGGCAGGAAGCCUCAUCCCUUUCCCAGCGUCAGCAAAAUCAUCGCCGACAUGUUGUUCAACCUCUUGCUGCAGGCGCUCUUCCUCAUCCAGGGGAUGAUCGUGAGCCUCUUCCCCAUCGACCUGGUGGGCCAGCUGAUCAGCCUCCUCCACAUGUCCCUGCUCUACUCCCUCUACUGCUUCGAGUACCGCUGGUUUAACAAAGGCAUCGAGAUGCACCAACGGUUGUCCAACAUCGAGAGAAACUGGCCCUACUACUUCGGCUUCGGCUUGCCGCUGGCUUUCCUCACGGCCAUGCAAUCUUCUUACAUCAUCAGCGGUUGCCUCUUCUCCAUCCUUUUCCCUCUCUUCAUCAUCAGCGCCAACGAAGCGAGGACCCCCAGCAAAACCUACCACUUCCAGCUCCGGCUCUUCUCCUUGGUGGUUUUCCUCAGCAACAGACUCUUUCACAAGACCGUUUACCUUCAGUCCGCCCUCGGGGGUGCUUCCCCUUCCUCUUCCUCUUCCUCCUCCUCCGACCGCCUCCUCUCCCCCCAGCCCUCUCCUGCCAAACACCACACACAGCCCAAAAAAACCCCACUGCGAACUCCCACCCCAAAAGACCCUUCAGGCAGAGAAACAGACUUGUCCUCUGCCCUGAAGAAGUUCUGGUCCCUGUAA